AUGGGGCUCACGUUCGGAAAGCUUUUUAAUCGUUUCUUUGGAAAGCGUGAUAUGCGCAUCUUGAUGGUUGGUCUUGACGCUGCUGGUAAAACCACUAUUUUGUACAAGCUGAAGCUGGGAGAAAUCGUGACAACCAUUCCUACUAUCGGAUUCAACGUUGAAACUGUGGAGUACAAGAACAUCAGCUUCACCGUGUGGGAUGUCGGAGGUCAGGACAAGAUUCGCCCUCUCUGGAGGCACUAUUUCCAAAACACGCAGGGUCUUAUCUUCGUUGUUGAUAGCAACGACAGGGAUCGUGUGAUGGAGGCACGUGACGAGCUCCAUAGAAUGCUUAACGAGGACGAAUUGAGGGACGCGGUGCUGCUGGUCUUCGCGAACAAGCAGGACCUUCCCAACGCCAUGAAUGCUGCGGAAAUCACUGAUAAGCUAGGCUUACACUCGUUGCGCCAGCGGCAGUGGUACAUUCAGAGCACUUGCGCUACAUCUGGUGAAGGUCUAUACGAGGGACUGGACUGGCUCUCUAACAACAUUUCGUCCAAGGACUGA